AUGCCGGUCCAAGACCGCACCAACGAGUUCCGGACCUGCGUUGAGUCCAUCCGGUCCCGCUCCUCCUUUCCCUCGAGAGGAGCGGAGCAGAAGCAGCGGUUGCUGCAGCAGAGCAAGGCGGGAAGCAGAAAGUCGGAGUUCACGAGGAUGGCUUCAGCCAUUGGGAAAGACAUCAACAGCACGACGUUGAAACUGGGGAAACUGGCCCAGCUGGCGAAGCGUAAAACUUUGUUUGAUGACAGACCAGUGGAGAUCAGCGAACUCACUUACAUCAUCAAACAAGACAUUGCCGGUAUCAACAAGCAAAUUGCUCAACUACAGGCCUACGUGAAGGAGCGCAAAGCUCAGGGCUCCAAGUCUCCGGAGGGCAAACAACUUGAGGAGCACAACCACAAUGUCGUCAUGUUGCUGCAAAGCAAGCUUGCGGACACCAGCAUGACUUUCAAGGACGUCCUUGAGAUUCGAACGCAGAAUAUGAAAGAGUCCAAGGACAGAACAGAACAGUUCAUGCAUUCCACGUCUGCCGCAGCCAACCAAGCCCCAACUAGCUCGCUUCUAUACGGCAACUCCCAACGCCAAGACCCUAUGGGCGACGGGAGCAGCUUUGCUGCGCCACGUUUCGACGCCAAGGGCAAGGGUCGCGCUACUCCGCAGAACGGGGACAUCCUUGCUCUUGAUCUCGAUGCGGCAGAGGAGGGGACCGGCGCCCAGAACGGCGACGCGUUCAUGCAGAUGCAACUUGUGGAGCAACAGGACAGCUACAUUCAGACGCGGUCUAAUGCGAUCGAAUCCAUUGAGUCGACUAUUGCGGAGCUCGGCCAGAUCUUCACACAGUUGGCCCAAAUGGUCGCCGAACAGCGAGAAACCGUUCAGCGGAUUGACGCAGACACCGUUGAUAUUGCGUCCAAUGUCAGCGGUGCCCAGCGCGAGCUCCUCAAGUACUACGCGAGCAUUUCUAGUAACCGAUGGCUCAUGCUGAAGGUGUUCGGUGUCCUCAUUGUCUUUUUCCUGGUCUUCAUCUUGGUCUCAUGA